AUGGCCUCUUCUUUCGAACCUUCAUUAUCGACUAGUGGCAUGCGCCCACCUCUCACAUCAGCGGAUGCACCUUCUAUGGCGGAUUCACUGCCUAGUAUAAACUUCGGUUUCGAGGAUCUACGCAAUCGCAUGGCCCAAUUCACUGCUCGGUUCGAUGCUUUCAUUGAGAAAGGCAGAAAGCAGAUAUUGGAGGAGAGGAAUCAGUUCAAAAUAGGGUUGGCAGAACUCCAAGAGGACCAACGGAUGAAACAGAGAGAUAUCGAAAUCUUGAAUCUCAAGUCGCAAACUCACGACCAAACUAUCCAGAAGGAAGCCGCUGAAGCCGCCGAGAUGCAUGGCACAAUUGCAUCUGUAACGAUGGAGCGCGAUUCUCGUCUCGCCAAAAGAGAUCGUCUGAAGCAACAAAUCAACGAGACACAGAAGGCUAUAAACCAGAAAUUGGAAGCUCAGAAGGCUCAUGCCCGGCAUCUCGAUGCACAAGCACGCCUAAACAUACCAGAGCUAGAAUUUUGGCAGGAUUACCUUUGUCUUCGGAUUGAGGGGGCCGGGCGGGAAGAUCGCCUAAAGUUCAUCUUUAGCCACCUACUUGAGAAGGAUUGGGAAGCUGAAGCCUGGUUUGAACUCGGCACGUCUAGUCGCGAUUACGACGUGUUUCAUACACGCCCCAAAGUGGACAGGGAUGCUCUUAAUGGGGAGCUAGACAUUUUAAACGAGGAUCGCGACUUUGGUGCUUUUCUAAAAAGGAUGCGCCGUCUGCUCGUCGAAAAAAUGCAACAGAAAAGGCCCACUAUUUGA